CCCAGCCCAACUGGAUGAUGGAAAAUUGGGCCCAAAACGACAAAUGGCGAUGAAGAUUUCGAAUUCGAAAGCAUGUCUGUCUGUUAGAAUCUACAUCGAAACCGCAAUUCUCCAACUUCACCAACACGAUUUGCUUCUUCUCUUCUCUUCAGCGUGUGCAUUGUGAUACGGUAAUCACUAUAGGUUUCGUUGUUCAUGGCGAGGAUUAAACCUCAAGCUUUGUUACAGCAAAGCAAAAAGAAGAAAGCACCGAGAAGUAUCAGUGUUGCCGCAAUUGCGUUGUACAGUGUUGUUACGGUCGUUAUGGUCUUUUUCCUCUAUGCUACAUACAGACACUGGUCUCAAAGGUCAAUAAUGCAGACAGAGGAAGGAACAUCAAACUUUCAGCUCAACUGUUGCGGUUCUGAUACUUCGCUAUCUUGUCGUCUUUCUUUGUGUGUUUUGGCAUACUUGUGUAUCCAGAUUUUUAACACCUCUAAAGGUUUGAUUACUGUGGAACUUUACAACGAAGGUUCACCUGAAAUUGUCGAUGAAUUUAUUGAUGCUUGCCAAAAGGGACACUUCAAGGGAAUGCUAUUUCAACGCGUAGUGAAACAUUUUGUAAUUCAAGGAGGUGACUCCGAAAAUCUUGCAGUUAUAGAGGACUGGACUUCUAGAGAGAAGCACUACAAUCAGCUUGAGAAAAGAUUAAAGCAUGAAGCUUUUAUGCUUGGUACAUCAAAUACUAAACAUGAUAAAGAAGCAUUUGAUAUUUUCAUCACAACCGCACCAAUUCCAGAUCUAAAUGCAAAGCUUAAUGUGUUUGGACGCGUUAUAAAUGGAGAGGACAUUGUCCAGGAAAUUGAGGAGGUGGACACAGAUGAACAUUACAGGCCUAAAUCUCGAAUUGGGAUUAUCGAUGUGACACUGAAACAGACGAUUUAAGGUUUCGGUUGAUUUGAUUUUUUUUUUGUCUGGUGAGAUAUGGAGCAAAGGGUUGGGUUUUAAUGAUAUAAUUGUUUGUGUAUGUGUUUGUUAUUCACACAUUGUACAACUUAUGGAGCAACAGUUGAUCUGAUUAGGGUUUUAGGUCAUACACUAACCAUAAUUUUUGUCAUUAAAUUUGUUAAUCAGUUUUCUGCAAGAUUCUAUUUUUGUUGUUU